GGACGCCGCUGCACUUGCAGCAAGUUUAAACCUUUCUGACCUUCAAAUGUUUCCAUAUUUAAACUAAAUGUAAAGGCUUUCUCAGUCACAAGUAGUUCCACUGGCUGCAGCGAGCUGUAAAUACGUAAUUAAAUCCCAGCCGUUACAAAAAGAGUGCUUUGAGGACAAAGUAGUGCAGGUUUCAUUGGAAUGCGUCAUCGUUGUGCGUCUUUUUGCUGCUCUUUACGACUUCGACGAGAGCGCGCGUCGCAAUGCAGACGCUGGGUGGCGUCACAGGGGAUGCUGACGUGUGGCGGGGCGGGUGAGCCGGCAACAUUCCUAGCUCUUUAUAGCGCAGCGCCGGACCGGCUUCACCGUACCAUUCAACGGCCGCACACGACGACGGCACACCGGCUGUGUGCACCUCUGAGCGGGGAAGAUGGGCAACCAGCUGCUCUCCACCGGCUUCUUCACAGCCGACACCCCCCAGCCAGACAGCAGGUUCACCACCAGGACCAUCGGCACAGGCAUCACCUACUACCAAGGACCCCAAGCACCCUCUUCAUCUCCAACCUCUGACCCGCUUCCUGCAUCCACCCCAAGCCUCGUCCAAUCACAGUCCUCCUCCUCCCGCCCCCUCCUCCUCUUCCUGUCCUGGCUGGGCGCCCACCCGGCGGCGGCGUCCAAAUACUUCCACACAUACCUGGAGCGCGACAUGGACGUCCUGCUGGUGCAGAGCAGCGUCCUGCACUUCCUGUGGCCCAACUGGGGCCUGGACUACAGCCGGGAGGUCCUGCGGGUGCUGGAGGGCCCCGAGUUCAGCGGGCGGCCCCUGCUGGUCUACGCCUCGUCCAUCGGGGGCUACACUUUCGCACAGGUGCUCACCCACGUGGCCCACGGGCGGGGCGAGCACGACGCGCUGGCCCACAGGGUCGUAGGUCACAUCUACGACAGCCUGGUGGCGGGCAGCCUGGAGCACAUGGCCACAGGCCUGGGCAAGACGCUGGCGCCGCGUCUGGAGCGCUUGGUGAAGAACACGGCCAUGUUGUUCUUCUGGCUCUUCAAAGACAGCACGGCGGACGUCUACCAGCGCGCCAUCCAGGUGUUCAACAGCAGCCCCGUCACGGCGCCCGCCCUCUUCUUCUUCAGCGAGAACGACGCCCUGUGCGACACGGCCGUGCUGGAGAGGACCUUGCAGCGAUGGCGGCAGAGGGGCGUGGCCGUGCGGAGCAGGAAGUGGAAGCAAUCCAAGCACGCCGCGCACAUGCGGUGCCACCCGGAGGAGUACCGCUCCACGCUGGAGAGCUUCCUGAACUCGCUGCCUUUGACGCCCGUCCACUCACAAAUGUAACUUUCAAAAUACGAGCGUGCUUGUUUCUUUACUGCAUUCAAAUCAUCAACAGUCAAAGCACACGUGGAGCUGCUUUAUUUGCAAUUCUGAUCAUGGCCACAACAUAACACAUAACCUGGGAGGUUUUUAAAAGGACACGUUUCCCUUAUUCCCAAAUGCAAAUGUUGACACGUGGAUCUCAUACUGUGUACCUAAUGAAGUGUCCGGGUAUUCAGUGCACAGGACAUCCCAAUCCAAUCCAAAUCCCACUUUUAAAAUUAAAGACAAAUUCAAACG